CCCCGGCGUAUUAUACCACUCGUUUUGUUCUGCUUCUGGCUACUUAUUAGCACUAAAAGUUGGCCGUCCCCGGGUGUCUGACUUGGUGACGCUCCGAAAGACUAGAGUUUUGCCUAGUAUCCCUAUAUCGACAUACGAUCUUAGUGAUUUAGAGUAAGAAUCUUGCUCGUGGGACGAUAUAACAGCACCGCAAAAUUCACAGUACCGUCUUUACACAAGCCAUAUCAAAAACCGCCAACAAUGAGGCCCGUCCUCAUCCUCUGGGCCGUCUGGUCCCUCAUCCUCCCCAUCCUCGCCCAGAAACCGCAACUCCCCCUCUUCUCAACAUCCCGCUGGAUAUCAGACUCCUCCAACGCCCGCGUCAAACUCCGCUGCAUCAACUGGGCCGGCCACAUGGAAGUCAACCUCCCAGAGGGCCUCCACAAGCAACCGAUCGAGUACUUCGCCGACUGGAUCAAGCUCCAAGGCUUCAACUGCGUGCGCCUCACCUUCUCGACAGACCACGCCACGAACCCGGGCGUCACCGUCCGCGACUCCUUCAUCAACGGCGCCAAAGCCGCCGGCGUGCCCGAGGCCGACCUGCUCAAGCUCCACGACCAGGCCCUCGUCCAGAACCCGUUCCUCGCAGACGGCAACGUGACGCAGCGCGACGUCUUUGGUAAAAUCAUCGACGUCCUCUGGGAGCGGGACAUCAUGACCAUCCUCGACAACCACGUCAGCAAAGCAUCCUGGUGCUGCAACCUCGACGACGGCAACGGCUGGUGGAAGGACGCGCGCUUCUACUGGGCCGCCAACUCGCGCUACUUUGACACGGACGACUGGCUCGCGGGCUUGCAGCAGAUGAGCCUCUGGGCCAAGACCAAACCCGGCGUCGCGGCCAUCUCCCUGCGCAACGAGCUGCGCGCCACCUGGACGCAGAUCCCCUUUGCAGCGGACCAGUGGUACGGCUACGUGACGCGCGGGGCCAAGACCGUCCACGAGGCGAACCCGGACGUGCUCGUCAUUGUCGGCGGACUCAACUCGGCCACGGAUUUCACUCCGCUCCGGACAAAGAGCCUCGAUACGAGCGCGUGGAAGGGGAAGAACGUGUGGGAGGCGCACAGCUACAGCUUCACAGUCACGACGCCGAAUUUCGGGGACUGCAACGUCGAAAAGGCAGAGUACGGCGCGCUGUUCGGCUUCGUGCUGGAGCAGGGGAAAGGGUACACCGGUCCGCUGUUCUUGUCGGAGUUCGGGGCCGCCAUGCAGGGCGGGAGUGAGGAUGGGCUGUCGGCUGAGGAGCAUGCGUACUUGACUUGCCUCGUGGGCUAUCUCGAGGACAAUGAUGCGGAUUGGGCGCUGUGGGCGAUUCAGGGGUCGUAUUAUGUGCGGAACAAGGUGGUUGAUUUUGAUGAGACGUGGGGUGCCAUGGACCACGAGUGGAAGGACUGGCGGAACGGUAAGUUCAAGGGGCUGUUAGGUAAUAUUUUUGCUGUUACUCAGGGGCCUUAGCAUGGCUGCUGGGAGGGCGAGAAUGUGGGAACAUAUGAGAUGUCGGUGUUGGGGAUCGGGAUGAGAUAUAUAGAUCCUGCCCGGGCGUCGGGCGAUAGUUGGUUAUACCACUUUAGUAUUGAUGUUGAAGUUGAGGACCGCGCCCCUUUCUUGUUUGGGCGAGGGGUUUUUGUACUAUCAAGCAUCUUGAUGGGCGGCGAUGGCCCUUGCAUGUCGAGAACAGCCAGUAUUUGUC